AUGAGGGAGACCGACAAAGAGGACGGGAAAGGAAACAUUGAUGAGAUCAAACAGUAUAGAGACGCCCAUUGGGUGACGCCUCCAGAAGCGCUAUGGAGGAUAUAUGGCUUUGACUUGAGCAAGAACCAUCCGCUAGUACAGCAGCUGCAGCUUCAUCUACCUAACAUGCACAUGGUGGCAUUUCAUAAACGGGACAAGGUCGAAAAGAUCAUUAAUAGACCAGGUGUAGAAGAGUCAAUGCUGACAGCAUACUUUGAUGCAAACAGGCAUGAUGAGGAAGCUCGUAAAAUCUUAUAUCGGGACUUCCCAGAGUAUUUUACCUGGCAGUCUGAUGGUAAAUUCUGGCAGAAAAGGAAAAACUCUGUUUUCCAAACUGGUACAGUCAUCUCGGCUCAUCCUGCCGAGGGUGAACGCUACUUUCUUCGUGUUCUCUUGAACAAUGUUGCUGGUGCUACCUCAUAUGAACACCUCAGGACAGUUGAUGGAGUGCUACUACCUUCAUUUCGUGAAGCUGCAGAAAGGAGGGGUCUAAUCGAAGAGGAUAAUACCCUAGAUGAAUGUCUAACGGAAGCUACUUUGUUCGAGAUGCCUACCUCUCUACGAAGGCUAUUUGCAACAAUAUUGGUAUUCUGCGAACCGCAUGAUGUGAUGGGGUUGUGGAUAAAACACUACAAUGCAAUGUCAGAGGACUAUAGCCGCAAUAAUCCAUCCUCGGAUCUCGUACAACAGAUGGUUUUGAUAGACAUUAGAAACAUGUUGCAGUCUAUGGGUAAGGAUAUAAGGUCAUUUCCUCUUCCAGAUAUUGAUUACUCAUAUGAUGAUGCCAGCCAAAUACCUCGUGAGAUAUUUGAGGAAGCUAGCGUUGAGCAGAAUCCUGAAGAUGUGCUAUUGUGUGACUCACUCAACGCCGAGCAAAAGUCUGCCUACAAUGAGAUAAUGGCAGCUGUCUAUAGCAAACAAGGCGGGCUAUUCUUUGUGGAUGGACCUGGUGGGACGGGAAAGACAUUUUUGUAUAGGGCACUUCUCGCAAAACUACGUAGCCAGGAUAAGCUUGCCGUUGCCACAGCUACAUCUAGAGUCGCAGCGGCCAUAAUGCCAAGCGGGAGGACGGCUCACUCACGUUUCAAGAUACCCCUAACUCUUCAAGAGGGCGGUUGCUGUAGCUUCACGAAACAGAGUGGUACUGCCAAGUUGUUGCAGCAAGCAGCUCUCAUAAUUUGGGACGAGGCAUCUAUGACAAAGAGGCAAAAUGUGGAAGCACUAGACAACAGCCUACGUGAUAUAAUGGGUCGGUCACACCUACCCUUUGGUGGGAAGACUGUUGUCCUUGGUGGGGAUUUCAGACAAGUCCUCCCUGUUGUGCGGAAAGGAUCUAGGGCUCAAAUAGUUGGUGCUUCUCUACGAAGGUCAUAUCUUUGGGAAUCCAUGCGCCACCUAAAGCUUGUUCACAACAUGAGGGCUCAAAGUGAUCCGUGGUUUGUAGAUUAUUUGUUGCGCAUUGGUGGUGGAACGGAAGAGGUUAACGGAGAUGACAACGUUCGUAUUCCAGAUGAGAUCUGUAUCCCGUACUCUGGUGAUGCUGAGAAAGAUCUUCAUAGUUUGAUUGACAUCAUAUUUCCAAAUCUGAAUGCAAACAUGGCAGACAAAGACUACAUCACCACCAGAGCGAUUUUAUCUACACGUAAUGAUUGGGUGGACAUGAUUAAUAUGAAAAUAAUUGAUAUGUUCCAAGGUGGUGAGACGAUGUAUCACAGUUUUGACACCGCGGUAGAUGAUCCACAUAACUACUAUCCAUCGGAGUUCCUUAAUAGCCUGACCCCCAACGGGCUGCCACCACAUGUCUUGAAGUUGAAGCUCGGGUGUCCUGUCAUAUUGCUUAGGAAUAUUGACCCCGCCAAUGGGCUAUGCAACGGUACAAGGUUGGUGGUGCGGGGGUUCCGAAGAAAUACAAUCGAUGCUGAAAUCGUUGUGGGGCAGCAUGCUGGGAAACGGGUAUUUCUUCCUCGAAUACCGCUAUACCCAUCUGAUGAUGAGAUGUUCCCUUUCCAGUUUAAGAGGAAGCAGUUUCCUAUCAGACUAAGCUUUGCCAUGACGGUCAACAAGUCACAGGGUCAAACUAUCCCAAACGUGGAUGUGUACCUACCCGCACCAGUCUUCUCUCACGGCCAGUUGUACGUUGCGAUGUCCAGAGCCACAUCAAGAACGAAUAUUAAGAUCCUUGCCCUACCACCUGAUGCGGAGGCACAAGAGGAGGAUGCCAAAAAGAUGGAGAAGAAAAAUACUAAAAAGAAUUCUGUGGGGAAAAAACCUAAGACUGCGUUAAAUAAAAAAGAAAAGGAUAAGAAGACCCCAGCAACGGAUGGAACUUUCACGAAAAAUAUUGUUUUUAAAGAGGUCCUAACGCCAUAG